GCUCCCCCCGCGCCAUGGAGAUCACGUCGCUGCAGGACGUGGUGCUGCACAGCAAGCUGCCCUCCUUCGAGGCGCUGCGCCCCGCCCAGGAGCCCGCCUCGCCCAUCAACGGCCUCGACAAGCUGGUGCAGGAGCUGCACCGCAUCUUCCGCGACGACGUCGUCAACAUCGAGCACGUGAGCGAGGUCAUGGCCUCGUACCAGAGCAACCCCUCCGACUGGAAAAAGUUCGCCAAGUUCGACAGAUUUAGGUAUACGCGGAACCUCGUCGACGAAGGCAACGGCAAGUUCAACCUCAUGAUCCUGUGCUGGGGUCCCGACCACGGUUCAGCCGUACACGACCAUGCGGACGCACACUGCUUCAUGAAGAUGCUCCAGGGAACGCUGAGCGAGGUGCGCUUCAGCUGGCCCGACAGCCAGCUCGAUAGCCGGCCGGACCAACAGCUGCAGGAGGAAGAGGCCGACGAGGAGGGCCGGCCCCUGGAGGAGAUCUCCCGCACCGACCUGCGGCUCAACGACGUCUGCUACAUCAACGAUUCCAUGGGACUCCACCGCGUGGAAAACCCGUCGCAUUCGGACCCCGCCGUGUCGCUGCACCUUUACAGUCCGCCCUUCAACUCGUGCUCCGUGUUCAAUCAGCGGACGGGGAAGCGGACGAACUGCAACGUCACCUUCUGGUCCAAGCGAGGGAAGAAAAUCAAUAAGGAGGCCAGAUCGGCGACGGUCCCAGAGGACAACUGAAGGACGGAGACUACGUCAAGCUCCAUGGCGCGAGUCCCGGGUUUUAUUCUGUAUAUAUACUUUGUGGAGAUAUUUUAUGAUCAACGACCGUGCAAUAGUUACUACAUGUGCUUUUAAAACGAGAGGCAAGUGAGACCUUCCCGCGCCGGGCCUCGACUUUUCACAUUGAAACCAAGUCGUUCAUGUUUGCGCCUAUGGGCUGGAAAGUAGGCAACCCAACUUACGGCACAGGCGCAAUGGCUGCAGUGGCUGGCAGUGGCGGUCCUCGCCGGUCCUCACCCUCGUCUUUUAGCUUGCAUCACUGCACAGCUUUGGCUCGACCCUGCUUAUUUCUUUUACUCAUCUCCUCCCUCGCUCCCUGUUGCAAAAAUAUUUUUUUU